CGCAGCUUCAUCUGUGUAUGCGAGCAUAUUGUUAUUUGUUUGUAUUUACACAUGCGUAUGUGUUUACACUGUAUCUUUCAGUCAUAAGUAGUGGAUGUACGUGUAAGUGUGUGCAUGUCUUGUGUGUGUGUGUGUGUGUGUGUUGGCUCAACAUCCAGAAAUGCCAGGAGGUCCAUGUGUAAAGACUAUAUCACAGUAUGUUUUUCAGAGCAGCCGUUGACCACCCUGCACUCCACACAUCCCAGCAGUGAAACAGAUGUCCUGCAUGGAGGAAAUGAGGAAAGAAUUAAACACAGCGAGGACAAGGAUGAGUAAAAAGAGAGAAUAAAUCAGUAGACUCAGUGUGUGUGGAUGAGGCUGUGAGAGGGUGAGUGUAUCAGGAUGACGAUGAAAGGCUUGUCCUCCAGCCGCAGCCACCACCACACACUCACACACUGCGACCCAUCCUACGAGUCUUUGACCCUCCGCCACGACCGACGGCCUUAUGUCCUCAACCAGGCCCACCCGACCGACCACAGCUUCUACGGGUGCCAGUCCGAUCUGGCCAGCAGCACAUUUCCACGCCGACAUCACGGCUCGCAUCACGAGCUUAAGGACGAAUGCGCCAUAGUACCCUAUGUGGGACCGGGGGGCAUAGCUGGGGGAACUGGGGGCGGGUGCGGCCCAUGCAGCUCGGCUGCCAUCCCAUCAUCCCUGCUGGAGAAGUUUGACCAGCAGCAACCAGUGAGAAAGGAUGGGUAUCACACGUUGCAAUACAAACGGACUGCAGCGCUGGAGCACCAGCGCAGUGACAGUCCUGGGCGUAUACGCCACCUCGUACACUCCGUCCAAAAACUGUUCACCAAGUCCCAUUCCCUGGAAGGUCCCAGUCAACGCAGCCUCAAUGGAAAUGACCCCGCCAUCACAGCCGAUGCAAUGGCUACGGCUAUAUCCCAUCCGAACGUUUCCACCACGACUGUAGGCACCCUGCACAAGUCGUCCAGCAACAAGCGGGGGAAAAACAAGGAACGCAGUCGCUCCGAGCCCAAACCUCGUGCACGGACACCCGGGUCGGGUUACUGGAGCUCUGACGACACUCUAGACAGGGAGAUCUGCCUUUACCACCAGCAUCAACCCUCUGGAGUCAUGACCAUGGGCCGGCAUCCGGACAAAUCCCAGUCCCACUACUUCUUGGGACAGAGCUACAACACACUAGGAGGGGGACACUCGUCCCUGAAGACCUCACGAAGCAACAAUGACGUUGGAAGUUGCUCCACUUGCUCCAACCCCACAAGAGGCGCUCUGACUUUCAGAGGCCCGACGUCAGUGGACCAGGCUGGGCCGCUUGUCAAGAAGAGCUCCUGGUCAAGCACGCUAACGGUGAGCAGGGCCCGAGAGGUGUACCAGAAGGCCACUGUCAAUAUCGAUAAAGCUCUAGUCAAAGCACAGACCUGCCAGCAGGGACGAACCUGCCAGUUUUUACAGGUUCCUCAGGAUGAGUGGGGUGGCUUCUCGUCUGUGGGUCAGGAUGACGAGAUCCCGUGCAGGAGGAUGAGGAGCGGCAGCUACAUCAAAGCUAUGGCAGAGGAGGACAGUGGAGACUCAGACUGCAGCCCUAAACCCUCACCCAAAGUCCAGGCCCGGAGAGCCAGCUACCUGAAAGCCACUCAGCCCUCCCUCACCGAGAUGACCACACUCAAGAUCAGUACGGAGUCCCAUUCCCCCAAGCUGCAGAUCCGGAGUCACAGUUACCUGCGAGCGGUGAGUGAGGUUUCAAUCAACCGCAGUUUGGACAGUCUGGACCCGGCCGGUCUGCUGGCCUCGCCCAAAUUUCGCUCCCGAAAUGAGAGUUACAUGAGGGCCAUGAGCACCAUCAGCCAGGUGAGCGAGGUGGAAGUAAACGGGCAGAUUGAGGCUGUGUGUGAGAGUGUGUUCAGUGAGAUGGAGUCUAAGGCCGUGGAUGCUCUGGAUCUGCCGGGGUCUGGAUGCUUCCGCAUGAGGAGCCACAGUUACGUGCGGGCCAUCGAAAAGGGCUGCUCGCAGGAGGAAGAGGAGAGAGCGGCGCGUCAGGCCAUCUCACCACCUCGAACUACAACUGUUAGAACCAUCCAGAGCAGUACAGUAUCAUCAUGUAUAACCACCUACAAGAAAACUCCACCCCCAGUCCCGCCCAGGUCAACACCCACCAGGCCAUACAUCUCUAUAACAGCCCAGAGCAGCACAGAAUCUGCACAAGAUGCCUACAAUGAGCUCACCGGUGCUGGUCCUGCUAACCGGGCCUUAGCAGCGGUCCAGUCGGGCCUCAGCAACUCCACAGAGAGCAUAGAUAGCAUGAAGGCCCUGACAGCAGCCAUCGAGGCAGCGAACGCUCAAGUCCACGGCCCAGCCAGCCAGCAUGUGACCAACAGCACCAUCACCAUCACCACAGCCUCCGCCACCACUAGCGUAACACACAUCUCACAGGAAGCUAAGAGAGAUGCCCUCAGGAAGUGCCUGUCAAUAGGGAUACAGGUGGACGGUCCUGAGGAAACCAACCAAUCAGAAGUGCACUGCAAGUUUCAGUCGGUCGGCAUUCAAGUAGAGGAGGAGAGAUGCUACCGCAGAGUUACACGCUCCAACAGCGUCACCACUGCCGUUCAAGCUGAUCUUGACCUUCUGGAGGGUCUUGGCGACGAGCAGUUCACACAGACCCACCAGGGGCCCAUUGUCCACCAGUCGUCGCGAGAUGCUGCCACUUCUACUGUCAGCAUCCAGGGCUCUGGGAACCACUACCAUGCCUGUGUCCAAGAUGAGUACACCGACGUGGGCUUUGACCCCUCCAUUCUGCCCCCUCCAGACCCCUGGAUGGAUGGAGCCAUGGAUGAGGAAUAUGCAAGUGGGGUGUCAGGGUCCGUGUGUCCGCAGGACGGACGCUGGUUUCUGAAACUGCUGCAAGCAGAGGUGGAGAGGAUGGAGGGGUGGUGCAAACAGAUGGAACAGGAUGAGAGAGAGAAUGAGCUUCCAGAAGACAUUCUCGGCAAGAUUCGAAGUGCGGUGGGUAGUGCUCAGUUGCUGAUGUCGCAGAAAUUUCAGCAGUUCCGGGAGCUCUGUGAAGAAAACUUGAAUCCCAAUGCCCACCCACGGCCCGUGUCUCAAGAUCUGGCAGGAUUCUGGGACAUGCUGCAGCUGUCCAUUGAGAACAUCAGCCUGAAGUUUGAUGAGCUACACCAGCUGAAAGCUAACAACUGGAAAGCACUGGAGCCUCCUGAGAGAAAGGAGAGGCGCGUACCUCCUCCGGUACCCAGGAAGCCGGGGAAAGGUCCCAUGCUGCUAGUGAGAGACCGGUCUUUGGAGGGCUCCCAGCGGUUGGAGGCCCGUAAGCGGCUGUUAGCGGCUAAACGCGCUGCUGCCUCUCAGCGCCAGAGCUCUGCUACAGAAUGCGCCGACAGCAUUGAAAUAUACAUCCCAGAGGCCCAAACACGAUUAUAAACACUGAAAUCCGGGUGCUCAGAAGCAUAAAUAGACACACACACACACACACACACACACACACACACACAUCUUCAACCAUAACACAAUAGCACUGAAUGACAAAGGCAGGGUAGCUGUAACAUAAUCACUCCUCUUUUCUUGUGUAAAAGAGAGUUUCUUCACUGUGGGCUUCUACUGUAUGUAUUUACAACUUAAUUUUACUCUAUUCCUCCAUCCCGCCAUUUGUAGCUCCCUUGUUAAACUCCCAAAGACUUUUAAUGUUUCUAUUAGACACUCUAUAUUUAAUUGUUAAAAUAACCAAUAAUAUAUAUAUAUAUAUAUAUAUAUAUAUAUUCAUGCCUAAAAUACAAUAUAUUAUUAUGUCUGUUGAUAUUACUACCCAAAUAAUGCACACUACUACUGAAUUUUAUUAUUUAAUUUGUCGUUUUUUGCAGUUACCGUGUAAGAGCCAUAUGUCUUGUGUUCUCAAAGAGGACAUAACUUCUAAAAGGGCAACAUACCGAUCACUUCUGAAGAUUUUAAUGCCAAUGUAGCCACAAAUGCAGUGUAUGUAUGUAAAUGUGUGUGUCAGGCUUUUAGUACAUGUAUUACACUCUCUCACGUGUCACCCUGCACCUCUGAGACAGGGCGAGGUUGUUCUGUUUUCAGUAUCAGGGGAUAGAAUGGAAAAACCACCUCUUCUCUUCUUUCUUCUCAUAUUUUUCAACUCCCACUCGGUCAUCCUCUCCCGUCCUCUCAAACCAUCCUAUCUCCUUUCCUGUCUGCUCACUAUCAUCUCCCAUCAGCAGUGCCACUCACCUGUUUGACUGACAUAGAUGUCCAUUGUAUCUAUCAAAUGUGACACAUUUAUCUGUCACCGCUCAACGUGUUCACGUCAUUGACAGAAGCGCUGUCAGAACACGCCACUCUUCACGGCUCUGAUUCAUUAGCCAUUCAUAAAUUAGCAAUGUGUCACGUUAAGAAACGUUACAUACAGGCAGUCAGGGAUUUCAUUCAGCAUUAAGCCCCGUUCACACUGACAGCAAUGAAGUGAUGCGAAGUCUUUAUUUUUCAAAGAUUUCAGUGACCUGAACAAGGCGGUGCAAUGUGACCAUAUCCAAUGAAUUGCUACUUUAUUUAUUUUGGUUGCGACUAAGUCACAACAGUCGCAAUUAUGAAAUAAAUAUUCACAAUCUAUAAAGCCACAAUUGUGACCCACAAUUGACACUUUAUGGAUUGUGAAUUUUUAUUUCAUUACUGUGAUUGUAGUGACUUAGCGUAAUUAUAAUUUUAUGUUAAUUGCGACUAUAUCGUAAUUAUUACUAUUUCUCACAAUUGCGUUUAACAUUCUAACAGUAUAUCACAAGAGAUUUUAUUUCUCAUAAUUAUGAUUUAACGUAAUGUAAUUGUGGUUUUAGAUGUUAAUUGUGAUAAUAACAUAACCGUGACUGUUUCUCGCAAUUGCGUUUUCAUGUGUCAUAGUCACACAAUAUAUUACAAUUGUGACGAUAUAUCACAAGAUAUUUUAUAUCUCUUAAUUGAGACUUUACUUCAUAUAAUUGCGGUGAUAAUAGUUUAAUUUUAGGUGAUAAUUGUGAUUUUAUAUCGUAAUUGUGACUUUAUUUUUCGCAAUUACAUUUUUAUAUCUUUUAUAUGAGUCGCAUUAUUAGUAUACCUCAGUUGUGAUUCUGUAUAUCGCAAGAGAUUUUUUCUCGUAAUUGUGACUUUACUUAAUGUUUUUCCAAUUUUAAGUUUAUAUCGUAAUUGUGAUUUUAUUACUUUUACUCUCAUAAUAAAUAUAUCACAGUUGUGACCCUAUAUAUCAGGAGAGUUUUUAUUUCUUGUAACUGUGGCUGAACGUAAUUGCAAACGUAUAUCAAAAAUUUCAACUUUAUUUCUCAAUUGCAGCUCACAACUAUAUUUUAACUUUGUUGUGGCUUAUUUAACUUAACAGCUACUCCUCCAGCAAUAAAAUCGCUGUCAGUGUGAAUGGCCACAACAACACAGGACAUUUUCUAAUUCUAUGGCAUUAAAUAGCUCCGCCCACUGUGAAAUCGCAUUGGUUUAUUCUGCUCUUCAUAACUAAACAUUAAACAUCUGAUUGGCUGUGAUCAUGUCAUGUCACUCAGCAGUUUCUUGUUCAGUAUGGGCAAAUUAUCUUGGCAGUAAACUCAUCACAUCGUGCCCUGUUAGGACAUUUUGUUGAACUUGGCAUAAGAUUCUUUUAAAAAAUGCACAUUAUUUAGCAUAUUCUGUAAAUAUAUAAAUGAUGAAUUAUAAAACUCCUUCCUGACUGCUUACUAAUAUAGCUCCUCACUAUAUUUGUCUAAAUGUUUGUAUAAAUGAAUAUAAAGUAAAAUAUCAGUAUUUUAUAAUGGAGUUGUAGCGAUAUUUAAAACCCAAAUAAACACAUUUAAACUCGCAUACCAUCAUUGCCCUCUUUAGCAUUGCUAUAUAAUUCAAUAAUUUCAAUAAUGCUUAAAGUAUCAUUUUAAAUAAUACAACUGCAAUGUCACAGUUCGAUAAAUGUAAUACAUACACAUUUUAGUUAAAAACUCAAAUUUUGAUGAGUAAUUUAUUCAUUAUAUUUAUAAUCACAAGUUAGCAUGAUAGUCUUUAUCCUCGGCCAAGUCAGUCAAGUGUGUGUGUUUUUUUUUUCCCACAUCAAGUGCAUGUACCCAAGUGCUUCCUAAUUUACCUGAAGGCAUCUCUUUUUUUUUUUCACCGAUAUGUAGCACAGUUAAUACUUUGUAAUAUAGAUCAGCUACUUUGUGUUUUUAUUUAUACUAAGAUGUAUAUACUUUCAGCAACCCUGUGGAGACAGUGCAAAUAAACACAUGUAUCAAUGCAGAGCACAUAACAUCAGUUUAUUAUUUUUCUAUUUAAGGAAACCUACUUUAACCAUUGAAUUACACUCUUGUGCUGCUCAUGUAAUUGAUUUGUAAACAGCGCUGCAUCUUAGUUGCACUGACGGGUUACUCAAUACUAGUCAAAACCUAACUGCACUGUCUCAUAUUUUUCAAUAACUGAUAAUACUAAUUUGCACUUGUUAAAUAUGUUAAAUAAACAGAGCUAUUUCUUUUUUCUUUCUCAGAAUAUUUCACUGUGGAUAGACACAUCACUAUAAAUAUAUAUAUUGAUAUUAAUUUCCCAGCAGCCAAAUGUGCAGCCAUUCUCUAUUUUCAUAGACAGUUCAGUUGCAUUGGCUUUAGUUUGAUCCUGUUAGUGUUUAUCUUAUUAACUAAACUCUUAGUUCCAGUUAUUAUGCACUAGAGCCCUUCUACUGUGGUUAAUGUUUGUUUGAAAUAUUAUUGAUGUUUAAACGCUCGGCCUUAAUUUAUGAAUAUAUGAUAGUCAUGCACAACGUAGCCUCAGGGGAGACUAUAUAACGUGUGUAUGAAUGUGCGUGUAUGUUUGUGUAUGUGUAUAUCAUGAAGAGGUCUUAUACUGGAGAUGUUACGGUACCAAUUAAAGCAUUCAAUAUUGAUGACAAAAUACCCAUUCAUAUUGAUAUUUCUGUAUCAAUGUGUUCAGUAGUAUUUCAUAGCAUUUACAGUCCAAAUUGACACCAAAAUUAGGAAUAAUUUUGUUUUGGACAAUCAGUGAUUAACACAAAGGAAAUCCAUGUCAUUUUAUUUGUAAAAAAAAAAAGAUAUAAAUAAAAUGAUACUGAAAUGUUUAUUGAAAUAUUAAUUGAUUACAUUUCAUUUUUAGUAUUUAAAGAUAUAUUUAUGAGACAUAGAGAGAUAUUUUGUGAGACUAUAUAGCACUUAAGUUUUUGCCGAAAGUGAUCACAAUCUCAUUUUCUUAACUGUUGUCAUUCACUGAUGUGAAAAUAUCAGUUUAUAUCUGGCAACAUGAUAAGUCCUGACUUUUUAGGGUUUUAUCUCCCAAAAUAGAAGAUUAGGCUGUGUAUUGUUGCCAAAAUGUGGUCUGUGCACCCACCACAAUGUUUUGGGAAAUGAAGGCAGAAUAUUAUGUAUUUACUGUUCUCGUAAAGGCAUAAACUUUAUCUAAAUGACUGUGUGUAAAUACAUGAAUGUUCUUCAUUGUAAAUGUAACCUACAUCUAAGGAUAUCUUACUACUUACAUUUUGUAUUUAUUGUAACAACACUGUUGAUGUUAUGGCACGUGUAUGAAAUUUUGAUCAUUAAAACAUUACAGAUGCUCACA